CUUGCCAAGGGGAAGUGACGUCACAGCCCUACGUUCGCGUUCGACACAGGAGAUACGAGCCGAGGCCUGUGACAGCUACGUUCCUUACUACAGCGACGGGGGUCAUCUGUGAAAAUCCGUCUCCAUCUUCUUCAAACGCGGGGAAAACCAUUAUGAAACCGCCAGGAGCAUAAUCUACACAGUCUAAGCUUUCGCCUGAUACCAAAAUUGUGGCAUUUCAGGCUUUUUUACAUUAGAAAAGGAAUGGUGAAAAGUGAACUCCGUCGGACGAAUCGGAAUUCUCCUCAGGGAUUCGGGGGGGUUGGGGUCGCGUAGCGCAAUAAAGGAUUGUAAUAUUUAAAUAACGUGUAUUUGUUAAGGUAAAACUGAUUUUAGGGCUGCCAGCGACUGGUUUUAUCAAAUUAAUUGAAAUAGAAUCGAGUGACCCGUUCGGGAGAAACCGUAAACAACGAUGGAGCUACGAGUUGGAAACAGAUACAGAUUGGGCAGAAAAAUAGGAAGUGGAUCAUUUGGAGACAUCUAUCUGGGCACUGAUAUUUCUGUUGGAGAGGAAGUGGCCAUCAAAUUGGAAUGUGUGAAGACCAAACACCCACAGCUCCACAUCGAGAGCAAGAUUUACAAGAUGAUGCAGGGUGGAGUUGGCAUUCCUAUCAUCAAGUGGUGUGGUGCAGAAGGAGAUUAUAAUGUGAUGGUCAUGGAGCUGCUGGGCCCCAGUCUGGAGGAUCUUUUUAAUUUCUGCUCCAGGAAGUUCAGCCUAAAAACCGUCCUGCUUUUGGCUGAUCAGAUGAUAAGCCGCAUCGAGUACAUCCACUCCAAGAACUUCAUUCACAGAGAUGUGAAGCCUGAUAACUUUCUAAUGGGCCUGGGGAAGAAAGGCAACCUGGUGUACAUCAUUGACUUCGGUCUGGCCAAGAAAUACCGUGAUGCACGGACACACCAGCACAUUCCCUAUCGUGAGAACAAGAACCUCACGGGCACUGCACGCUAUGCAUCCAUCAACACGCAUCUUGGAAUUGAGCAGUCUCGGCGUGAUGACCUAGAGUCUCUCGGCUAUGUGCUCAUGUAUUUUAACUUGGGCUCGCUGCCAUGGCAGGGACUAAAAGCCGCCACCAAAAGACAGAAGUAUGAGCGAAUUAGCGAGAAAAAAAUGUCCACCCCCAUUGAAGUUCUCUGCAAGGGCUACCCAUCUGAAUUUGCCACAUACCUCAACUUCUGUCGGUCGCUUCGAUUUGAUGACAAGCCAGACUAUUCGUAUUUGAGGCAGCUCUUCAGGAAUCUGUUCCACAGACAGGGCUUUUCAUACGACUACGUGUUUGAUUGGAACAUGCUAAAGUUUGGUGCCAACCGCACAGCAGAGGACGCAGAGCGUGAGAGGAGAGAGCGGGAUGAGCGGAUGAGGCAUAGCAGGAAUCCUGCUGCUCGAGGCAUCCCCGCAGCCUCAGGCAGACCCCGCCCCACGCAGGAUGGAGCUCCUCCCACCCCACUCACACCCACCUCUCACACAGCAAACACAUCGUCACCGAGACCAGUCACUGGUAUGGAGCGCGAGCGGAAGGUCAGCAUGCGGCUUCAUCGCGGCGCUCCAGUGAACGUGUCGUCCUCAGACCUGACGGGACGGCAAGACACUUCACGCAUGUCCACAUCACAGAAUAGCAUUCCUUUCGAUCACCACGGCAAGUAGUUCGUCAAGCCCUUGUGUGAAGGCAGGUGCACCAGAUUGUCUCCAUGUCCCAAAUGCCUCCACUUGCAAUAUGGGGCACAAUGGGCAGCCUAACUACACAUGGCUGAUUGACAGCUCUCCACCAUCAGCUAAUAGAUAGGGCAGUCAGUCUUUUCUCUUCUGUUGACGAAACCAAAAUGGUGUAGAACCAACCUGACCUCUUUGCUUACAGGCUCUCUCUGUAUUUCUCUCUCUCUUUAUUCUUAUUUUUUCUUUACUUUAUCAAUGUUCUUGUGGACAUGAGAGCCUAAGGCCUGUUGGAAAAUCAUCAUUAGGUUGACCAAUCGGAGACUGGAUCAGCCACCCACACCGCACCAUGCCCUCAUCUGUGUCCUUCCUUCACAGUAACACUCUUUACAUCCAGUGCUGCACAACUUUCUCUGAUUCAGGCUCCUCUUAGUUGAGGCUAAUGUAUUGUCUGUGUGGUUAAAACGAGUCUCUGUUUCUUUGCAUACUGGGUUUCUUUUGUAUUUUAACCUGCCUAACAGACAAGUUCGUCUGGUGGCGUUGUAUUGGGUUCACUUAAAAAUUUUUAUUUACUCUGUGUAUUUAUUUUUUACUAUACGUUUUAAUAGCCCUUCGUAACUGGUGAGCUCAUACAGGUUCCUUUUCCACGGGGCCAGCAUCAUUCUUAACAAAUUGACUCUGUAAACCUCACCGGUUUGUCUGCUCUAUUGAUCUCCGGCUGUACAAUAUUGCCCUCCCCCAUUAUUGUGUGUCUUUUGUUUCUAAGCUGUGAAAUAACUGUAAAAUAUUUGUGUAAAUGUUUCCAUGCUACACUUUAGAAAGACUAUGAAAUUGCCACAGAUUGUUUGAGUCUGAAAUUGAUCGCACAUUCUUUUUAUUCCACUUUUUCAUAAAGCCACUAAAAUGAAGUGCCAGACAUUGGGGGGUUUCAUACACUCAAAACUUGAACUUUGACUCUUUGAUUCACGAAUGAAGACCAUGUUUAGAAGUGCUACACGACACGUGUUUAUAAAGGUUGGGUGUAUUCAGCUUAGAAUAAUGUGGAUGCAAGUGUUCUUGCGUGAGUCCUGAUGUGUCUAGGUGGUGUUACGGAAGUGAUUACGUUUUGAUUGAUUAUACAGAUUGCAAUGGUUGAAUGGAAACAAAUCAAAGAAGUCUUACUUUGCCCUCUUUUAAGAAUUAUUCCAGCACUGAUGUGGCUUUUCUGAUGCACCUUGAAUGCUGGUCUGGUCAUCUGUUUACUGUUCUCACAUCAUUCGUUAAGGGGACUUUGGCGUCUUCCCGGGUGAAUUUUUCCAUCUAAUUUUCCCUCUCUUAAGCCCAUGGCUGUUUUGGGCUCCACACACUUUUGUGGAAGUCAUGCCAAUUUGUCAGUCCUGUAACAAUUUGUAUUACCACCGUAUUUGUGUAUUUUAAACCAUGUAAAUAAAUGAAUUACUUGUA